AAAUCUUUUCAGAUGUCCAUUAUAACUAUUGUGCUGACUAUUCUGUCCUGCUCAACGUUAGCGCAAACACUUUUCACCCAAUCAGCUGGUGUUAAAGGUGUAUUGAUGUGUGGAGACAAACCAUUAGCUAACACUAAAGUAAAGCUUUACGAUGAUGAUUCAGGCAAGUUAGAAAAUAAGGUUGUGUCACUCAACAACAAGAAAAGGCCAAUUAGAAUUAGUCAAAGUAGACCAUCCAAGAGACAUGACCCUCUUUUGGAGGGAUGUAUUUGGGAGCUAAAUCCUUUAAAACCUAAAAUGAACUUUUAUCUUCCAGGACCAGACCUUGAUGACUUGCUUGCUGAAGGCACAACUGAUUCUAUGGGACAAUUCUUGCUCUAUGGACAUACCUCGGAAAUUAUGACAAUCGAUCCGAAAUUGAAUAUCUAUCACGACUGCGACGAUUCCUUGGUAGUAAGUCGUAAUUCGGAAAAAUUAGAAAGCCUCUGUGUAGGUGCAGCUUUUCAGAGGAAGGAGAUGAGGGAAGAGAGAGGGAGCGGUGAUUUGACAGAGGCUUUAGCAGGGUACAAGCUAGAUCUG